GUAAAUAGCUCCAGUGGAUGUGACGCGUUGUCAGGAAUUCAUUCAAGUGCGAUUUUUCAUCAUAACAUCGCAUCGCAGCCAGUUUAAAAACAUGGGGAACCCCAGAGUGUUCUUUGACAUUACUAUUGAUGGCGCCAAGGCUGGCAGGAUUAUAAUGGAGCUCCGGGCUGAUGUGGUCCCAAAGACUGCAGAAAACUUCCGUGCUUUGUGCACCGGAGAGAGAGGUUUUGGCUACAAGGGCUCCACGUUUCACCGGGUCAUCCCUAAGUUCAUGUGCCAGGGGGGGGAUUUCACCAACCACAAUGGAACUGGAGGCAAGUCCAUCUACGGAGAGAAGUUUGACGAUGAGAACUUCCAGCUGAAGCACAUGGGCAUGGGGACGCUGUCCAUGGCUAAUGCUGGGCCCAACACCAACGGGUCCCAGUUCUUCAUCUGCACAGCGUCAACCGACUGGCUGAACGGGAAGCACGUAGUGUUUGGCAAUGUUGUGGAGGGCAUUGAUGUUGUCAAGGCAAUGGAGAAGCAAGGCACAAAGAGUGGCUCUCCGAAAGCCAAGGUCGUCAUUGCCGACUGUGGUGAACUGAAAUAGUGUGACUCCUUCACUUCAGUCAGAGGACCCUUCAUCACCCAGAUAAUCUUUAAAAUGGUGCGUAUCUGCAGUAGAAAAACACCAGAUGAACUCAUGUUCUCCUCCAAUAAUGUUUGUCUACUGUGUUUACUCAUUGUGUAGUAUUUUGUACCUUCUGCCGUUUAAAGACCACAUUUGUUAACAAAAUCUGAUUAACAUGUAAAUAAAGCAACCUGGAAACCAG